CAAGACGGGAGCGCGGCGCUCGAGAGAGCGAGAGAGCUACCGAGGCGGAGAGAGAAAACAUCUGUGUAAUCUCAGCCUGUUGAGAUAUGGAAUCAAUUUCUAUGAUGGGAAGUCCUAAAUUCUUAAAUGAAACUUUCUUGCCAAAUGGUGUAAAUGGUAUCAAGGACACUAGUAAGAUCACAAUAGGCAUAAUUGGAAGUGGGGACUUUGCUAAAUCCCUGACAAUUAGGCUUAUCAGGUGUGGGCUUCAUGUAGUCAUAGGAAGCAGAAACCCUAAGUUUGCUGCUGAGUUCUUUCCACACAUUGUCGAUGUCACUCAUCAUGAAGAUGCUGUAGCAAAAGCAAGUUUAAUUUUUGUUGCCAUACACAGAGAACACUAUGUUGCUUUGUGGGACCUCAAACAUCUGCUUGUUGGCAAAAUCCUUGUAGAUGUCAGCAACAACAUGAGAGUCAAUCAAUAUCCAGAAUCCAAUGCAGAAUACUUGGCAUCCCUUUUCCCAGAGUCCCUUGUUGUCAAAGGAUUCAAUGUUAUUUCAGCCUGGGCACUGCAAUUAGGACCAAAGGAUGCUAGCAGACAGGUCUACAUAUGCAGUAACAGUGUUCAAGCUCGCCAUCAAGUUAUGGAACUUGCCCGGCAGCUCAACUUUAUUCCCCUCGAUUUGGGCGCUUUGUCAUCUGCAAGGGAGAUUGAAAACUUACCUCUUCGGCUGUUCACACUGUGGAAAGGACCAGUAAUAGUGGCUGUCAGCCUGGCUACCUUCUUCUUCAUCUAUUCGUUCAUCAGAGAUGUAAUACAUCCUUAUGUGAGGAACCAGCAGAGUGAUUUUUACAAGAUUCCUAUUGAGAUUGUGAAUAAGACAUUGCCAGUUGUUUCUAUCACUUUAUUGUCUCUAGUAUAUUUAUCUGGGCUUCUGGCAGCUGCUUAUCAACUUUAUUAUGGCACUAAAUACAAACGAUUUCCACCCUGGCUGGAGAGCUGGUUGCAGUGCAGGAAACAGCUUGGGCUGCUUAGUUUCUUCUUUGCAACAGUGCAUGUGGUUUACAGCCUCUGCUUGCCCAUGAGGAGGUCAGAACGGUACUUAUUCCUAAAUAUGGCAUAUCAGCAGGUACAUGCAAAUGUUGAAAAUUCAUGGAAUGAGGAAGAAGUGUGGCGAAUUGAAAUGUAUGUCUCCUUUGGAAUAAUGAGUCUUGGGCUGCUUUCUCUGCUGGCCAUAACUUCUAUUCCUUCAGUAAAUCGGUCAUUAAAUUGGAGGGAAUUCAGUUUUAUUCAGUCUACACUUGGAUACGUCGCUCUGCUCAUAAGUACUUUCCAUGUAUUAAUUUAUGGGUGGAAAAGAGCCUUUGAAGAAGAAUACUACAGAUUUUACACACCACCAAAUUUUGUUCUUGCACUUGUCUUGCCAUGCAUAGUCAUUGUAGGCAAGGUAAUUUUGCUUCUACCAUGUGUAAACAGGAAGUUGAGACGGAUAAGAAGAGGAUGGGAAAAGAAGCAAUUUAUGGAAGAUGGAAGUGGAACUGGUUCACAUCCCUCACCAGAAAGGAUCACGGUCAUGUGAUUGUUCAGUGACAUUAUUAGCUCUGUCAGCAUUGAAAGUUCUUUAGUUCAAAGAGGCUUUUCUGUAGGCAGAAAAGUUAGGGCUGUAUGUAAUUUAUGGAGUCAACUAUCAGGAAAUGAGAAACAUGAGCAAAGACAGACAUAACAUUUUAAAUGUAGUGUAAAUGGUCUAAACACAUUUGCUGCAUUCUGAGUGAGCUGUUUUCUGGGUAAAGAGAGUUUGUUCAAAACACUAUUACCGCACUUAGGCUUCAGUCCUAAAUACACUUUCUAAAACUGGUGCUCUCCAGAUGUGUUGGACAACAUGCCCAAUGGUCAUGCUGGCUGGGCAUGUUACAGUCCAACACAUCGGGAGGGCGCACCAGGGCAUUAGCUAGACCUACCUGAUAAUCCAGGAUGGAGGAGGAAAGAUCUCGUGUUGCGAUUAAUGCGAGAUCUCUCCUCCGUUUACACGUGAAGUGUGACGACCUCAGGAAGAGAGGCGUUGCGCCCGCCAUUUUUUUUUUAAAGGAGAUGGAGCGCACAAACGGUUGUGCGCAAAGGUAAGGUGGUUUUUUUAAUUUAAACUUAAUUUCCCCACUCCCCCCACC